AUAACAAGCAGCGCAGAAAUCUGGAUCCGAACGAUCCGAGCAAGCCAAGCCUCUGCCCUUUGACGUGUGUGUGCAUGCAUGUACGUUAUAUAUGAUAACCGGAAUACUGCACGUGAACAUAUAUCCGACUGUGAAAAGUUUGAAAACCCAAAUCGGAAGGUCGAGUGUCUUGACUGUUUUGCGCUGUAUCCUGAUGAUAUAAACUCCUAAAAUCAUGGAUUCUGCACCGCCAGUAGAUACAGUGGCAGCUGCCAUCCAUGCAUUGUAUCACAAUCCAGAUGCAGCAGAAAAAGAGAGAGCCUCAAUGUGGUUGCAAGAAUUUCAGAGAUCGUUGUUUUCAUGGGAGAUCUCAGAUCAGUUAUUGCAGCUGAAGAGGGACGUUGAAACCUGCUACUUUGCUGCCCAGACUAUGAGAACCAAGAUCCAGUAUUCAUUUCACGAGUUGCCGAUGGAAUCUCACGAGAAUUUGAGAGACUCGUUGAUUAAUCAUCUUCAGAUGAUGAGUGACCCGAAGUUUCACGUGAUCACAACGCAGCUUUGUCUUGCCCUGGCUGACCUGGCCUUACAGAUGACGCAGUGGAAGAACUCAGCGUCUUUUCUCAUUCACAGGUUCUACAGCUCCAACGCUUUACACAUCCCUCUACUGAUUGAGCUUCUGACGGUGUUACCCGAAGAAGUGGACAGCCAUUCACUAAGACUGGGCCUCAACAGAAGAGAAGAGUUCAGGGGAGAGCUUGGCGAGGCUGCCGGCACUGUCAUUGAUCUGCUGACUGCAUGUUCAGAGAAUUACCUCAACGACCAGAGAUUACUUGGGAAGAUCUUCAAGUGUCUAGCGAGCUGGUUCUACAUCCGCGUGUGUCCUAGUGAAGAGAUGUCCCAGAGCAAGAUAAUAACACUACUCUUUGAAAUACUGAAAAAGCCAGACACGCCAUCGAUGCUUCACGAGGCAACAAGCGACUGUCUAUGUGCCGCCCUCUAUAGUAUGGAGGAUGUAGAGGAGCAUCUGCCGCUAGCAAAGGUCCUCUAUCAAGGGAUCAACCUACUUCCUGAGGCAUACACAAUGGCGGUUGCAGAAGACGAUGUCGACAAGUGCAUCAAUUACUGUAGAAUAUUCACUGAGCUAGCAGAAGCUUUCAUGGAAAUGAUGGUCGAGAGUCCAAACCAGGGAUUCGGUGACCUACGCACCCUUGAUGCCGUGUUGACCUGCGUCGGCCACCCGCAGAGUGAGGUCGCGGAGAUCACGUUUAAUUUCUGGUACCGCCUCUCGGAGAUUAUCUACAAGAGAGAUAGCAGGGAGCUUACCGAGAUGUACAGACCUCACAUAGAAAGGCUUAUACACUCGCUAAGUGUGCAUUGUCAAAUAGACUCAGAUCAUGAAGGAAUUCCCGACGAAUCUGACGACUUUGGUGACUUCAGAGUAAGGGUUUCAGAACUAAUCAAAGAUGUCAUCUUCAUCGUUGGUUCUUCCUCCUGUUUUGCACAAAUGUUUCACAAUCUGGCCAGCCAGCAAGGUGCAUCAUGGGAAGUGACGGAGGCUGCCCUCUUCAUCAUGAGUUCGGUUGCGAAGAACGUCCUCCCAGAUGAAACAGCAGUAGUCCCUCAAGUAAUGCAAGCCAUCAUCAGCCUUCCAGAAGGAACACAUAAAGCAGUCAGGUACACGAGCACAAGGAUUCUAGGAGAGCUUGCGGAAUGGAUCGAGAAACAUCCUGACUAUCUUGAUCCUGUGCUGAACUUUCUUAUGACUGGUCUUCGGGAUGAGGAUCUAGCUUCAGUUUCCGGCCAGUCGAUACAGAGUAUCUGCUCACAGUGCCAAGACCACUUACAGGGGCAUUUAGAGUGUCUCCUGAAUAUAGCCCAGGCCGUCGAUGCCUUCAAUCUGACGGGAGACUCGGCGUUAGGAAUCAUAAAGGGUACAGCCUUGGUGCUGACUAGGAUGCCCUUAGACAAGGUUCAAGAUGGUCUGAAAAGAUUAGUCCUGGUCCAAGUCACGUCACUGUCACAGAUCGUGAAAGGUGAGACAUCAACCAAACAAGGCUCAUCAACCGACCCCGUGAUCUGGCUUGAUAGGCUAGCAACUAUAUUCAGACACACCAACCCCCGCAUCACCAACGGUCAGGUCCACCCUUGCCUCGUCGUCCUCCAAGAGAUCUGGCCCGUCUUGUCCGAGACGUGCACCAAGUACCAGGCGGACAUCAGGGUCAUCGAGAGAUACUGCAGGUGCCUUCGGUUUGCCAUCCGCUGCAUAGGCAAAUCGGCCGCUGCGUUACUUACGCCGUUGGUCACACAGGUAAGGACAAUGUAAUGUAGGGUCCAAGACGAGGGCCCCGUCUUUCAAAGAGUUUGGAUUGAUGCGAUCAACCACAUCUAUGGAAAGUCAGCAACAUCAUCAACAUCUAACGUGCAUGUUUGUACAAUUAUUUUCGAGAUACAAUGUAUACUCGUACGUUCAUUCAUCAUUUUCGUGACAAUUCAUAAUCUAUGCUACUAUUUGUUUACAAAAGCACAGGAUGAAAAUAUCCUGGAGGCAAAACUAUGACGUUGAUGGAUUUUCCAUGUAGUUGAGGUUGAUUGGAUCAGUCGCUACUCUUUGUAAACAUAGCAGUUCACGAAAGGACUUGUUGAAUGUUUUAUCAAAGUAUAUUUUUUCCAACGGUUACCAUGGGACCUGUGUCACACAUAAACAACUACCCUAUUUUCGUGCAUUUUCUACUUGCAUUGUCUCAUUAAGUUUAUUUGUGGAUUAUUUUCUUUUUAUUUGGGAUCAUGUAAUACAGUUUCUACUCAAUAUCUCAUGCACAAAGCGUUUGCCCAAGCAUGAUAAUGUGCAAAAUGAGAUGUUUUGGGGUUAUCUUUGGUGUCAAAAGGGGAAAGGGGGAGGGUGUUGUUCAUGUGUGACACAACAAAUUUUGGUUCCAUUGCCAAUGAAAGGCACUCCGUAGCGGCACUCCAUAUAAGUCAGCAUUCUCAACACGAUUCACAUGCCCAUUAACUUCUUCUUUGUCAAAUAAUUCUCAAACUUCCAUUGAGCAUUUUGCUCUUUAUUUUUCAGUUUUCACACCAACGAACUUGUUUCCAAUGGUUUCAGUCUUCCCCUAGCCUUUAAACAAGGCCCUGUGUCUGUUGUGAUAUUUAUAUCACGUACCUACCGACUGGAAAAAAAGACUAUUCGC